ACUCUGGUUAUUUUUCAUGCUGAGAUUUUGUAAUAUAAAAGGAGUGUAAGCAAUGGUUAUUGGAGUAUUUCCAGCCGCCAAACUUGGCGUGUUGGCCAUUAAACAAAUUAGCAAACCCAUUGCGAAUGUGUUAAAGUCAAAUGCAAAGUCAAGUCCAUUCUUUAGAAAAUACAUAUGCAUGCCGCCGGCUCAGUUUUACAAUUGGGUGGAGGUGAAGACCAAGAUGUGGGCAUUAAAUCUUGGUCGUCCCGUCACGGUGCCACCCCUAAACGAAGCAAUGGCCAUUGAGUUGGGCGCCAAUCUGCUGGGCGAAUUCAUUAUCUUUGCCAUUGGUGCUGGACUCUUGAUAUUCGAGUAUUCCCGCCAAGUAAUGAAGGAGAACAAAAAGAAUGAGGCCUUCCAAAUGGAAAAGAUGCAACUAACCAACACGUUGACGGAAAUCAACUUUCGACUGGAGCGGCAGGACGCACAAAUACGUGAAAUGACGCGGGUUUUAGCGGAUCUAGAUUCGCGCAACAUCUUCACGUGGCAUAAGGAUCCUCUGCCGGAGUAUGUUCCCUUCGAUCCCGACACGCCAGAUCAGAGCGCCUCCGCCAGAAAUCCAAAGACCUAUAAGGGAUUCUAUGAUCCCACAGGCGGCAUGGCAUUCCGUGCCCUCAACUUUCUGCAAACUCAAAUCUUCAUCGAUGGUCGCGAUCGAAAGCAAGAUCGCGUGGAUGUUGAAGUGCCUGUGGAGCUGGAGAGAUCACACGUUGAGGCUGUAACUAAAGUGGAGAUUGCAAAUUAAAUUGUCACUGCUUGAUUUGAACAAAACAUAGAUAGGUCUAAAGUCAACAAGUGUAUAUAUAACAUGUACAUUGUAACUGUAUUUAUUAAUUUUUAUUGUUACCGAAGACAACUAAAAAGAAAGAAGAGAUGCAAA